AUGAAUGUUUCACUUAGCCUGCUGUUAGGUAUGGCUUCCAUGCUUGAAGUGGAUGUAGCCAACAAAAUGUCAAAUGAUAAAAACCAGUAUAAAUAUAACAGAAUUGAAAGAAAUCCACCAUAUCUUUUUAUUUCUGUUAGCAGUAAAAUCAUUCGUGGAAUCACUGUUUUUAAAAAUUCCAAAUUUUCAAUCAUGGGACAGUACCAUCAGGAACAAGGAACGAGAGUAACGUCGAAUUACUGCAGUAAGGGUGAUCAUAAUUUAUCGACACUUUUGGUCUUUUUCUGUUUUUUCUACUAUUUCCUACCAUAUUUGCUCGUUAAUACAAAAGAUAAAUGA